AUGGGCACAGCUUGCUGUUCUGAGGCCAAGCAGGGGCAGAAGGAGCAGUUGGGCGGAACGCAGCCCAUUCCCUCGGGCACGCCGGCGCCGCAGCAGCAGAAGGCUAAGAGUUCGGCACAGCCCGGAGCUCCUGCGCAAACAGAUGGAGACAGCUACAACUACAAGGUCUUCCCAGACGGCUCCAGAUACGAAGGUCAGUGGAAAGAUGGCCUGAAGCAUGGGAAGGGCCGGUUCAUCUACCCCGACGGCGACGUCUACGAUGGAGAGUGGCAAGAUGGCAAAGCACACGGUCACGGCACUUAUACCUCCAAGCAGUCGAAGUAUGUGGGCGAGUGGCAGAGCGACUUGAAGCACGGCCAGGCUGUUGAGGAGUGGGACGACACCUCCAAGUAUACCGGGACCUACUCCCAUGGGCAGAAGCACGGCAAGGGCAGAUUCGAAUGGCCCGACGGUUCCGUGUAUGACGGCGAGUUCCGCAACAACAAUGUUGAAGGCGAAGGCACCUUCACAUGGAAGGACGGCCGACAGUACAAGGGGGAGUGGGUCGACAACC